GCCCUCUUAUGAAAAAUGAUUGACAUAAUUAUAAAAAAAUGACAGUGACGAAUUGACGAAAAAAAUGAAUGAUGACACGAUCCAGACAAAGAGUCUGGCCAUGAGGAGGGGUGUUAAAUCUCACACCGGAAAUGUUUGAGUCAACGAAGUGCUAUAUUAAGACAUGUGUUACUCCUCCUAUCAGGUUGACCUUUUAGGAUGGAACCCCGGACCUUAUCAUGGUAUCACAGCUAACGAUCCACACAUCAUAAUUUUUUUCUUCGGUUAUCUUCCUUUCCUCAUUUUAAUGGCUAAUCCUCCACCCUCCACUGAGCUUGAGUCCUCCUCUGAACAUAUCUCCCACCAAAUUCAUGUUCCCAACACAUCUGAACCCAUCAACCUUGAUAAUGUUAUCAAACUCUCUCCCACCAAAUACAUCUCUUGGCAGCUCCAAAUUGAGUCCAUCCUCACGGGCUACAACCUUGAAGGUUUUCUUGAUGGUUCUCACCCAUGUCCUCCACCAUCUCUCAUAGUUGAUGGUGCAUCCACUCCUAAUCCGGCAUUCUCUUCUUGGGUUCGCCAAGAUAAACUCCUUUUUGGCGCUAUCAUUGGCACACUCACCCAACUGUGGUUCCUCUCAUUACUCGGGCCCGCACCACCAAAGAGGUUUGGGACACACUUGCAUCUGUUUAUGCUCAACCUUCCCGUGGUCAUAUCAAACAACUGAAAUCUCAACUCCGAAAAUAUACCAAAGGAACUAAGACUAUCAGUGAAUAUAUGCAUUUUAUUAAAACUACUGCAGACGAAUUGGCUAUUCUUGACAAACCUUUGGAUCACGAAGAUUUUAUUGAAGUCAUUCUUAAUGGUCUUGAAUCUCUUGAUGAAGGUUGUUGGUAGAAAAUAUCCUGGGUAGAGAAACUAGCAGCAUUUCAGUAUAGUAAAAAUAGCGUCCAGAAUACAAGGGGGUGAUGGCCUAUUUAUAGGCAUCCAUCACAAGUCCAAAGUCUAAUCUACGUGGGCUUGGCCCAAAUACAUAAUACAUGUCCAAGCUAAUGGGCGAACCGGCCCGAUAAAUAAGUAAAUGAGCAAGGGGUGAUUCCCGCUCGUGAGACUGCGUCUUGGGCCUAGUUGGGCCAAAGCUCGGGGAUAACGGGCCGAUGGCACUGGGCCUGGAAUAUUAUCCCAACACGAGUCCCCCACUCCCUUAGUCGAGUAGCAGACUCGGCUAAAAGGGAGUAGUUGAGCUGCUUUGAAAUCGACCUGGUUGCUAAGCUAGCUAGCUAGUUACACAGAUGAUUGUUGAUGAUGACGAUCUGCGGUGUGCCUGGAAAGGUUAGUCAUGUAACUGUCUGUUGUGAUCCCACAGUGUUGCGCAAGGAUGAGACCCUUCUUGUCUAGGUAGCAUCCUGGGGUCCUGGUUAUCUGGCCAGCUGCCAGGUCUGCUUUGCUCCAACCGGGAAGACCUCUUCCUUUGUUCAUGAUGAGGGGAUGCCUCGUUAAAACCUUACUAGGAAAAAACCCGGUGGAAAAAAAUCCUAGUGAAGGAAAAAGAGUACACCGGUAGCUCAAAAUAAAACAAAGGAAGGUCAGUCUCGUCGGUUCUUGAUUGAGCAUCUGCUUUACUGGUAAGCCGAGAUAUGAUCCGGGAAGGCCAGUCGCUCGUCUGCUUUCCAGUGGUGGCGGUCGAGCCAAUGCAUGCUCGGGAGAGACAACCCGCAUAACUGUUUGUCGAUGAUGCCGAGCUAAGGUAUGCUCAUGAGAGGCUGGUCGCAAAGCUGCCCGUUGAUGAUGCCGAGCCGAGGUAUGCUCGAGAGAGGGUAGUUUUAUAACUAUGCACAUUGAUCCCCGCUGCUUGUGAGAGGAUAUGGUUUCCUUCGCCUAUGUA